UGAAGGCGGAGCCAUACCUUGGGCCUGAGACUUAAAGGGCAAAGAAAGGGCGCCGGGCACUCACCUGGGGCCUGUCCCACUUCCUUUGGUUCUGAGUCCCAAGCCCUUGGAAGCGUUUGCCAGCGGAGGGAAAGGACAUUCCACCCUCCACGACCCCCACCCUGCGUCAGCCCUGCUGUGGGCCCCGCGGUGCGACUAUGCCCCUUUAAGAGCGCCGGGGGUGGGUAGGCCCGAGGUCGCGGCGUGCGCUCAGCCUGCGCCGCAUCCCCUCGCGGAGCUGCUCGGCCAUGGCGCUGCGGGUCGGCCUGACCCUGGCGCUGGGCGCGGGGCUGGGUGCGGCCGCCGAGCACUGGAGGCAGCGACGGGCAGACGCGCAGGCGACGCCGGGGCUGUUGGGGCGGCUGCCCGUGCUGCCCGUGGCUGCGGCGGCCGAGCUGCCUGCCGUGCCCGCUCUGCCCGGGGGACCAGCGGGCCGCGGGCCCGGCGAGCUGGCCAAGUACGGGCUGCCCGGCGUGGCGCAGCUCAAGACCCGAGAAUCGUACGUGCUUUGCUACGACCCGCGCACCCGCGGCGCGCUCUGGGUGGUCGAGCAGCUGCGGCCCGAGCGACUCCGCGGCGACGGCGACCGCCGCUCGUGCGACUUCCGCGAGGAUGACUCGGUGCAUGCAUAUCAUCGCGCUACCAAUGCCGACUACCGCGGCAGCGGCUUCGACCGCGGCCACCUGGCUGCUGCCGCCAACCAUCGAUGGAGCCAGAAGGCCAUGGACGACACCUUCUACCUGAGCAACGUCGCGCCCCAGGUGCCCCACCUCAACCAGAAUGCCUGGAACAACCUGGAGAAGUAUAGCCGCAGCUUGGCCCGCACCUACCAAAACGUCUAUGUCUGCACAGGGCCGCUCUUCCUGCCCAGGACGGAGGCUGAUGGGAAGUCCUAUGUAAAGUACCAGGUAAUUGGCAAGAAUCACGUGGCAGUGCCCACACACUUCUUCAAGGUGCUGAUCCUGGAGUCAGCCGGUGGACAAAUUGAGCUCCACUCCUACGUGAUGCCGAACGCACCCGUGGAUGAGGCCAUUCCCCUGGAGCGCUUCCUGGUACCCAUUGAGAGCAUUGAGCGGGCCUCAGGGCUGCUCUUUGUGCCAAACAUCCUGGCACGAGCAGGAAACCUUAAGGCCAUUACCGCUGGUAGCAAGUGAGGGCAGCAGCUUAGAGACUGGGGGCCUAGGCCUAGGGCCUGGAUUGCAUUAAAGAAGGUUAUUUUUGGAGAGAA